AUGCAGUUCUCCCACGCUCUCAUUGCCCUCGUUGCUGCCACUUUGGCCAACGCUCAGCUUCCCGACGUCCCAGCCUGCUCGCUGAGCUGCUUCGUCACUGCCUUGACCUCCGAUGGCUGCUCCGAGCUGACCGACUUCGCCUGCCACUGCCAGAAGACUUCUCUGGUCAGCACCAUCACUCCCUGCGUGCAGAAGGCCUGUGAGGUCAAGGACCAGAUCUCCGUGUCCAACGCCGUUGUGUCUCAGUGCUCUUCCGCUGGCCACCCCAUCGUGGUUCCUCCCAUCGAGACCUCCUCGGCUUCCAGCUCCGCCCCCGCUGAGACCAGCGCCAGCGAGACCUCCUCCAGCUCCGCCCCCGCUGAGACCAGCGCCAGCGCCAGCGAGAGCUCCAGCGCCGCCGAGUCCUCCUCCGCUGCCUCCAGCUCCGCCGCCGGCUCUGCCACCGCCACUGCCACUAACACCUCUGGUCCCGGUGCCAGCUCCAGCGGCGCUGCUAGCUCCACCCCUCUGGCUACCAAGACUGGCUCUGCCUCCGCUUCCGCCAGCUCGCCUGCCUACACUGGUGCCGCUGCCAAUGUCAAGGGCAACAUGGCCGGUGUUGCUAUGAUCGCCGCUGCUGCCGCUUACGUCCUGUAA